AUGGAUAUAUUCAAUACUCAGGCGGGUCGGACCACACCUAUUGAAGUGACCCCAGCACCACGACGACGCAGAAUCAUCGUUGCCCUGACAGGUGCAACUGGAUCCAUUUUAGGAAUCCGAACAUCAAUAGCUCUUCGCCGCUUCAACAUCGAACCCCAUCUCAUAAUCAGCCGGUGGGCCGAAGCGACGGUCAAGUACGAGACAGACUAUACAAUCCCGAACAUUCGUGCGUUGGCAGACCAUGCCUAUAGUAUCCACGAUAUGUCUGCACCCAUAGCGAGUGGGUCAUUCCGAGUGGAUGGAACGAUAGUUGUACCGUGUAGUAUGAAAACACUAGCAGCUAUCAAUGCGGGGAUCUGUGAUGAUCUGAUUUCUCGUGCGGCGGACGUUGUCCUGAAAGAGCGAAGGAAGCUGGUAUUGGCUGUGCGCGAGACGCCGCUUAGUUCGAUUCAUUUGCAGAAUAUGCUUUCUGUCACGCAAGCCGGAGCGAUCAUAUUUCCUCCUGUUCCGGCUUUCUAUAUCAAGCCGUCUUGUAUCGAUGAUUUGGUGGAUCAUAGCAUCGGCCGAAUUUUGGACCUUUUUGAUUUGAAUACGGGUGACUUCGAACGAUAG